GUUCUGUUGAUAGAGUUUUAGUUUUGGGUUUGGAGAGAUCUGAAUUUCUUCAGCUGAAUCUGAGAUUAAGGGUCGACCAUGUCUAUAACUUGUGAACUCUCAAAUCUUACUUCAAAGAAAGCAAAGGAGUCGAGGAGUGGCAAGAAGUGGCUAAAGAAGCCUCUCUUGUUCCUGAUUUUGUGUGGCUCUUUGGUAAUUGUUCUUGUUAUGUUCUCAUGGUUUGGUAGAAGUCAGAAGGAGGAGACAAGUUCUUGUAAUGGAGAAGCUAAAGUGUUGUAUAGACAUCAAAACGUCACAAGAAGUGAGAUUCAUGAUUUGGUCUCUUUGUUCUCUGAUUCAGAUCAGGUAUUAUCCUUUGAAUGUAGUAAGGAAUCAAGACCUGGAAUGUGGGGAAAUUAUGGUAUUACAUGUUCCCUGAAUAUGCGGUCGGAGAAACAGGAGACCAGAUGGAUUCCCUGGAAUCUUAAUCCAUCAGGCUUAGCACAUUCUAUCUCAUCAACUUCUUGUAUAUGUGAUAAUCUUGAACCGAGUUUACAACAACCGGAAAAAUCCGAAAACCUUGAGGAAGAGCUGGAGCAGGGGUUGUCAACUUAUUUAAGAAAUGCAUGGUGGUGGUGUCUAAUCCUUGGUGUAUUAGUGUGCCAUAAGAUUUAUGUAUUUCAUUCUAAAGCACCAGCUGAGAGGAAAGAAAAAGUACAACUACAAGAGCCUUUAGCUCAAAAGAAGCAGCAACAACGUGCUCAGACUUCUUCUAAAGGGGCUGGAAAAUGGAGGAAGAACAUCCUUCUCCUUGGUAUUUUAGGAGGAGUUUCCUUCUCCGUUUGGUGGUUUUGGGACACCAAUGAGGAGAUCAUAAUGAAAAGGAGGGAGACUUUAGCUAACAUGUGUGAUGAACGAGCCCGCGUGUUACAAGAUCAGUUCAAUGUUAGCUUGAACCAUGUUCAUGCUUUGUCUAUUCUUGUAUCUACAUUUCAUCAUGGGAAAACCCCAUCUGCCAUUGAUCAGAAAACAUUUGAAGAAUAUACUGAGAGAACAAACUUUGAGAGGCCUCUUACUAGUGGUGUAGCGUAUGCUUUGAAAGUCCCACACUCAGAAAGAGAGAAAUUUGAAAAGGAGCAUGGAUGGACAAUAAAGAAAAUGGAAACUGAGGACCAGACAGUUGUUCAAGAUUGUGUUCCUGAAAAUUUUGAUCCAGCACCUAUACAAGACGAAUACGCACCAGUUAUAUUUGCUCAAGAAACUGUUUCCCAUAUUGUAUCGGUUGACAUGAUGUCUGGAGAAGAAGACCGUGAAAACAUUUUGCGGGCAAGAGCAUCAGGAAAAGGAGUAUUGACAUCUCCAUUUAAGCUUCUUAAGUCAAAUCAUCUUGGCGUCGUGUUGACCUUUGCUGUGUAUGACACGAGCCUACCUCCCGAUGCUACAGAAGAACAGCGUGUUGAAGCAACUAUUGGGUACCUUGGUGCAUCAUAUGAUAUGCCAUCGCUGGUGGAGAAACUUCUUCACCAACUUGCCAGCAAACAGACGAUUGCUGUGGAUGUUUACGACACAACUAACACCUCAGGUCUAAUAAAAAUGUAUGGCUCAGAAAUUGGGGAUAUAAGUGAGCAGCACAUAAGUAGCCUUGAUUUUGGUGAUCCAUCAAGGAAUCAUGAGAUGCACUGCAGGUUUAAGCAUAAACUUCCCAUUCCUUGGACCGCGAUAACAACGUCGAUCUUAGUUCUGGUUAUUACUUUUCUUGUUGGUUAUAUUUUCAAUGAAGCCAUCAAUCGAAUUGCAACAGUUGAAGAGGACUGUCAGAAGAUGAGGGAACUCAAAGCUCGUGCUGAGGCCGCUGACGUUGCAAAGUCACAGUUCCUAGCAACUGUUUCUCAUGAGAUACGGACUCCGAUGAAUGGAGUUUUAGGAAUGCUGAAAAUGCUGAUGGACACCGAUCUUGAUGCGAAGCAGAUGGACUAUGCACAAACUGCUCAUGGCAGUGGGAAGGAUCUUACAUCACUAAUAAAUGAGGUUCUUGAUCAGGCAAAGAUUGAAUCAGGAAGGCUCGAGCUUGAAAAUGUGCCUUUUGAUAUGCGCUUUAUUCUGGACAAUGUUUCAUCUCUCCUCUCUGGCAAAGCAAAUGAAAAAGGAAUUGAGUUGGCCGUUUAUGUUUCUAGUCAAGUUCCUGAUGUUGUAGUCGGUGAUCCGAGUCGGUUCCGGCAGAUAAUUACAAACCUGGUUGGAAACUCAAUCAAGUUCACACAAGAAAGGGGACACAUAUUUAUCUCAGUGCACCUUGCAGAUGAGGUAAGGGAGCCUCUUAUUAUUGAAGAUGCAGUGCUAAAGCAGCGACUAGCUUUAGGAUGCAGUGAGUCCGGUGAGACAGUUAGCGGGUUUCCUGCUGUAAAUGCAUGGGGAAGCUGGAAGAAUUUCAAGACAUGUUACAGUACUGAGAAUCAUAAUUCUGAUAAAAUCAAAUUGCUAGUUACAGUGGAGGAUACUGGAGUGGGCAUACCUGUGGAUGCACAAGGCCGCAUAUUCACUCCUUUUAUGCAAGCCGACAGUUCCACAUCGCGGACUUAUGGUGGAACCGGCAUAGGUUUGAGCAUAAGCAAGCGUUUGGUUGAACUCAUGCAAGGAGAGAUGGGGUUUGUGAGUGAGCCCGGGAUAGGCAGUACUUUUUCAUUUACUGUAGUUUUCGGGAAAGCAGAAACAAAUACGUCGAUUACUAAGUUGGAACGAUUCGAUCUAGCUAUUCAGGAGUUUCAAGGAUUGAGAGCAUUAGUUAUUGAUAACAGAAACAUUAGAGCAGAGGUGACCAGCUACCAUCUUCGGAGACUGGGAAUAUCUGCAGACAUUGUUUCAAGUCUUAGAAUGGCAUGCACCUCUGUCAGCAAAUUAGAAAAUUUGGCUAUGGUUCUAAUCGACAAAGACGCCUGGAACAAGAAAGACUUUUCAGUACUUGACGAGUUGUUUACCCGUAGCAAAGUAACCUUUACAAGAGUCCCAAAGAUUUUUCUUUUGGCAACUUCUGCAACUCUUACUGAGCGCAGUGAGAUGAAGUCCUCUGGUCUCAUCGAUGAGGUGGUAAUAAAGCCUCUUCGGAUGAGUGUCUUAAUAUGUUGCUUGCAAGAAACCCUUGUCAGUGGCAAGAAGAGGCAACCAAACAGAAAGCGAAGAAAUCUUGGACACUUACUCAGAGAAAAACAGAUUCUGGUUGUGGACGAUAAUCUUGUGAACAGACGAGUUGCCGAAGGUGCACUUAAGAAAUAUGGAGCUAUUGUUACAUGCGUUGAGAGUGGCAAGGCUGCAUUGGAAAUGCUUAAGCCGCCUCACAACUUCGAUGCUUGCUUCAUGGAUCUCCAAAUGCCUGAAAUGGAUGGAUUUGAAGCAACGAGGAGAGUCCGUGAUCUGGAGAGGGAAAUCAAUAAGAAAAUAGCUUCUGGAGAAGAUUCUGCUGAAAUGUUCUGUAAAUUUAGUAGUUGGCAUGUCCCGAUAUUAGCAAUGACAGCUGAUGUUAUUCAGGCUACUCACGAAGAAUGCAUGAAAUGUGGCAUGGAUGGUUAUGUAUCAAAACCGUUUGAAGAGGAAGUGCUCUACACAGCGUUCUCAAACUUCCUAACUAGAUUAGAUCUGGAUCUCUCUACACCACUCAUUUCCUUCUUGGGAAACAUGUCAACUUUCUUGAUAAGGAUACUUCUUCCUUUGCUUGUUAUAGCAAUGACUAUUCCUCAAUGGUCAGAGGCAGAGUCGGAACAAUGGUGCAUAGCGGAUGAACAAACGCCAGAUGAUGAGUUGCAGGCAGCCUUAAACUGGGCUUGCGGGAAAGGCGGAGCAGACUGCAGCAAAAUGCAGCAGGAAAACCAGCCUUGCUUCUUGCCCAACACAAUCAGGGAUCAUGCCUCCUUUGCUUUUAACAGUUAUUACCAAAAUUAUAAACACAAAGGUGGUUCUUGUUACUUCAAAGGAGCUGCCAUGAUCACUGAGCUUGACCCCAGUCAUGGUUCUUGCCACUAUGAGUAUAACCCUUGAUUCCAAUGAGACAGCCAAGACGAGAUACAACAAGAUGAAAAACUAUGAUUUUGCAUUUAUACAUUUUCUCUAUGUAAUGUUUUCUUUCCAAAGUAGUAUCCAUGUACUAUGCUUCAUUGGGAAACUGUUCUCCCAUUACUCUUCAAUCUGAGAUACAACAACCUGUUUUCUACUGUGCAUUGAGAUUUUCUAAAGUAUCAAAGAUACAUCAAUCUGGUACUAUUGCUCGAUAGACUCAUUCCAGUUUUGUUUAGAGUACGUUGUCCUCACACAGUGCUACCAGAUAACAUUGGUCUCAUUCUGUUCAUGGAAGUGAAAGAACAACUCCAUGAAUGUAAUGGAAAUACAUACUUGGAUCAAGU